ACCUUACGUUCGUACUACGAACACUUCGUAAAUAUUUUGAGAAAAGAAAAUUCUUAUCAGUUGAUUCCGUAAAAAUAUAUUCAUAAAUAAAAAGUGUUAAUUUAUUACAUAAGGAUGUCUAGAAUUGUGAGCAAUUUGAGUAAAGUUUGUUUUCGUCAUCAUCGUAAUCAAAUAAUUCAGCAGAGAAAUUAUGCAAAAAUCACCACACAUUACACUAUUCAUCCUCGUGAAAAAGACGAGAGAUGGAAAGAAGUUGACAUGGAACGUUUUGUUGACGAAACAGACUUGUUGAUUGUAGGUGGAGGUCCAGCGGGAUUAUCGGCAGCUAUAAGAGCGAAGCAACUUGCAGCUGAGCAAGAAAAAGAAAUUCGAGUUUGUGUUGUUGAAAAAGCAAGUGAAGUUGGCGCACACAUUCUCUCUGGGGCAUGUCUUGAUCCAGUAGCUAUAAACGAAUUAAUUCCUAAUUGGAAGGAACUUGGUGCACCACUAAAUACUCCAGUAUCUCAUGAUAAAUUCUCCUUUUUAACAAAAUCAUCUCGUUUUCCUAUUCCAAUCUUUCCGGGUUGGCCUAUGGAUAACAAAGGCAAUUAUAUUGUAAGAUUAGGACAUGUUGUAAGGUGGCUUGGUGAACAAGCAGAAUCCCUUGGCGUCGAGAUCUAUCCCGGCUAUGGUGCAUCAGAAAUUCUUUACAAUGAAGAUGGAAGUGUCAAGGGAGUUGCAACACAAGAUAAUGGAAUUGCUAAAGAUGGAUCACCAAAAGAUAAUUUCGCAAGAGGCAUGGAACUGCAUGCAAGGUGCACAAUUUUUGCUGAAGGUUGUCGUGGUCAUUUAACAAAACAAAUUAUUCAGAAGUUUGGAUUAAAUUCACAAUGUGAACCACAAAGCUAUGGAAUAGGAUUAAAAGAAGUUUGGGAAAUUAAACCAGAGAAUCAUCAACCUGGACUUGUUGAACAUAGCAUUGGAUGGCCAAUGGAUAAAAGCACUUAUGGAGGUUCAUUUCUUUAUCAUCUGAAUGAACCUACGCCAUUGAUUGCUGUUGGAUUUGUUAUUGGUCUCGACUAUAGCAACCCUUAUAUCAGUCCAUUCCAAGAGUUUCAAAGAUUCAAGACACAUCCAAAAGUGAAGCCAAUUUUUGAAGAUGGAACAAGAAUCGCCUAUGGAGCUCGAGCACUGAAUGAAGGAGGAUUUCAAUCGAUUGGAAAACUCACGUUUCCGGGAGGUUGUUUAACUGGAUGUAGUGCCGGCUUUUUGAAUGUUCCAAAGAUCAAAGGCAGUCACUACGCUAUGAAGAGUGGAAUUUUAGCUGCUGAAAGUAUCGUUGAGAAAAUAUUUAAUUCAGAUGAGAAAACGAUUGAACCAUCGGAAUAUGCUGAACGUGUCAAAGAAUCUUACAUUUAUAAAGAUUUGUACAAAGUUAGAAAUAUUCGUCCAAGUUUUCAUUCAGCACUAGGUUUAUAUGGAGGAGUUUUGUACAGCGGUUUUUCAAUUGCUAUUGGGGGAAAAGAAACUUGGACCUUAUCACAUGGUGGUGCUGAUAAUACGAAGCUUAAACCAGCUAAUCAAUGCAAGCCUAUCGAAUAUCCCAAACCUGAUGGAAAAGUUUCAUUUGAUUUAUUGUCAUCAGUUGCAUUAACGGGAACAAAUCAUGAAGCAGAUCAACCGGCACAUUUAACAUUGAAGAAUGAUGAUAUACCAGUUAAAAAUAAUUUAGAAAUUUAUGCUGGUCCGGAAUCACGAUAUUGUCCUGCUGGGGUGUAUGAAUUCGUACCUGAUGAAGAAGACGCAACUGGCAAAGCGAUGCGUCUUCAAAUUAAUGCUGCAAAUUGCAUUCAUUGCAAGACAUGUGACAUUAAGGAUAUUACACAAAACAUCAAUUGGGUUUCUCCCGAAGGUCCAGGGCCAGUCUACGAUGGAAUGUAAAAUUUAUAAAUUUUGUUAUUUAAUAAGAGAAAAAUGUUCAAUUUGUCAUAUUUUAUCAAGUCAAAUGAUAUGAAGAGACUAAUAAAAAUUUAGUCACUUUUAUAAAAGUUUUUAUAAACAUUUGAAAUAUUGGAUUUUUUUAUUAAAAAUUUAACGGCUUUUCGCUGUUUAAAUUCGAAAUCUUGUAAUCCGAAUCAAAAUGUGUUCGUACAAUUUGUGAAAAUAAAC